AGAUGGGAUGCUCAUCUUCUUCGAACGCGAAGGCUGUACAGGAGCCUGUGAAACCUCCUGUAGCAGAUGCAAAACCCGCGCAGACAAGCAGCGCACCACCAAAGAAGGAGGAAACUCCCACGCCUGUUGAGAAACCUGUGGAGGAGCAACCAAAGGAGCAGGAGAAGGAGAAGGAGGAGAAAGAGAAGGAGACGCAAGGGAACGCGAAGAAUGAAUUCGAGCCAUUGCCAGUUCCAACUGAGGAGGUGACGGAGCAUCGAGAGCGUCCCAACCUGGUGUGGGCAAAGAAUCCCAUGGCUGAAGGUGAGGAGGAGAAAGAACAAACGGGAGGCGAAGCUCCUGCCGAAGGGGAGAAAAUGAUCAGUUUCAACCCCAUCCUCCUUCCCGUUCCACCUGCGGAAGGAGGAUCAGCAGUACAGCUCUACUGCCCUCUCACCUCUGUUGAGGAGCUGUCCGGAUUGAGCGUCCUCGUGCUUUUGAGGGAGAAUAAGAUCCCGCACGACUUGAAGAAGGAAAGCAUCGCUGAACCUGAGAGAAAGAUGCCCGUCUACCUCGAUGACGGAGGGCUUCACUUGUGGGAAGCCAACGCUGCUCUGCGCUACAUCUGCACCAAGGAGGAGCUGACUGGCUGGUACCCUGCCGAUGUCCAGAAGAGAGCGAUCUGCGACAAUGCGCUCGAGUUCAACGGGAACGUGCUGAUGCCAAUGAUGGCAGCUGCGCUGGAGAGCUACAAGAAGGGAGAAGAGCGGGCGGCAGAAGCUGUGAAGCAGGACGAAGAAAAGUUCCUCAGCGACGUGUGGCCUGCAUUGAAUCAUCUGAUCCAGAGUGGGGAAGGACCCCUGCUGGGCGGUGCGGCACCCAGCAUCGCCGACCUCGCCGUCUUCCCGCACAUGCUCGUCGUUACCCGCAAACUACCAGAGCACUUCGUGUCGCAGCACGAGGGAGUGAAGAGCUACCUCGAGGCUCUGCACGCAGCCCUCCCCUCCUUGGGAUGA